AUGGUGAGCCGUGAGGGCUCGCCAUACACGAUAUGCGGGGAUGCCACUCCAAGGAAUGAAACGAUUGAUCUCAUUUCUCAGGAUAUGAAACUGAUGGUUAAAAAAAUCCAAGAUCUUCGCCAUCUAGGAAUAGAAAAUAGCGGACUUCCAUUGCCCAAGAUCGUUGUAGUUGGCGAUCAGUCAACAGGAAAGAGUUCUCUUAUUGAGGGUAUCAGUGAAAUAAAAGUGCCGCGUAGCUCUGGCUGCUGCACUCGUUGCCCACUCGAGAUUAAUCUUUCGGAGUCAGAUAACCCAUGGAUAUGCCGUGUUUUGCUUAUGAAGCGAUAUCUGUACGUUCCAAAGGGAAGACCAACUUCAAAAAAUCCACUAGGACCGUGGAUAGAACAAGAACUGGAAGAAGUACUUUUUGAUACCCUCACAGACAAAAGCAUGCUAGAAAAGGUCCUUAAGUGGGCCCAGAUUGCGACUCUGAAUCCGGCCCGGUCUCCCAAGGACUUUGGUCCGGAUAAUGAUAACGACACGUAUACCUUCACACAGGUGAAAUUCUCUCCAAAUGUCGUCCGUCUUGAUAUCUCUGCUCCCGGGUUCCCAAACUUAUCCUUCUAUGACCUGCCAGGGGUCAUCAACGUGGCAGAAAUAGAGGAAGAAAAGUAUUUAGUCACUUUGGUGGAAAAUUUAGUGAAGGAAUACAUAAAAGCCGACAACACGAUCGUGCUUCUCACGAUGCCUAUGACCGAUGAUGCGACAAAUUCGAGUGCGGCAAGAAUCGUUCGAGAGAUUCGGGGAGCAAGAGACAGGACGCUUGGUGUGUUAACCAAGCCGGAUAGAAUUGAAAGUGGCUAUGAUCAAUGGCAGGAGCUUCUUGACGGGAAAAAAUUUCUGCUUGGACAUGGCUAUUAUGUAGUCAAAAACAAUUCUGACCCCAUUGUUACACAUAUGAAAGCGCGAGAAGAAGAACAUAUGUUUUUCGCCCACUCUCCUUGGACGACAACUUUUGCUGAAUAUAGCGAACGAUUUGGUACUAGGAAGCUUCAAGCUGCUUUGUCAAAUUUAUUGCUAAAACAGAUUCAGAGUUCUUUGCCGCGCAUAAUUGAACAAAUCGACCAGCGUGCUAAGCUGGUUGACGAUGAGCUAUGCACACUUCCGGAUCCCCCAAGUGCAAAUAUCCCAUAUAUUUUGUGCCAGAAGCUUAAUAUACUUAUCUGCAAUGUUCAAGCCCACAUGGAUGGCGGUUUUUCCAGACACUUAUUUCUUAAACGAUGGGGCCAGUUAGCGGUGGAAUUUCGUUCUUAUCUUGAGAAAUCCCGGCCGUCGUUAAAAAUUGGGGAUAACAUAGAAGUUAGAAUACCACCUCGCGUUUUUUCUGCGGCGGAUGAAGACGACGAGUGUGAAAUUAUGGAACACAAAUCUCCACUUAAACGGAAACCGGUAAAUGGUGAUGGUGGCGAGUCGAAAAGGCCGAGAACUGGAAGCCCGUCUAUACCAAGCCCCAUGGAAUCGACCCCAGCACGGCCGGCUAUGGAAUAUUUUCAUGCUUUUCCUGUUCCGGCGAAGAUAUUCACCCCUGAAGACAUUCGGAACAUAAACAUCGAUACAUAUGCUUCUGGUGUUCCGGGUCUUGGUAACCCCCAAGCUGUAGAGGAAAUCAAUCGUCUUAGUGUGAAACAUUGGUUGGAUCCGAUGCGAACAUUUUUGUCUGCCACAUACAAUAUGAUGGUCGAGGUACUCAUUGAAGAAGUCGACAUAGUCUUUGGGCAGUACCAGCAAACCGUAUUAUAUGUUGCUCUAAAAGCCAUCAUGAUGGAGUUUCUUGACUCGAUCAAAGUUGAGCAUUAUCGUCAAGCGACGGAGAUAUACGACAUCGAGUGUUCUAAACCAUUUACUCUAGCCGAAGCAAACUUUUCAAAGGCUCAAAAGGAAACACUAGAUGUCUUUUGCAGUAAACGCAAAAGUCUUCGCACGAGAGCAUAUGCGCAGAAAAUGGGAGAACUGACAGGAAAGCCUUAUAACGAAAAAUCUAUUUCACCUAUGGACCUGGGGAGUGACAGUUUCCAAAAGGAAAUGGAAAUUAUGGCGUCAUCUCGUGCAUAUUAUGAUAUUGCCAGUUCCCGUUUUCUUGAUGUGACCUGCCAGUGUAUACAUACAAAACUCUUUUUGCGUUGUCGAAAUGAGCUUCGAGCUGUAAUUGAAGAAAAGCUGGGAAUUCUGGGUCCAAAUGCUUCGGAGCGAUGCAUGGAACUGAUGAUCGAGGACGAAUCACGACAGAGACGUCGCAUUGAACUUCGACGAGAGAAAGAGAAACUCGAAAAGGCGCAAGCUGGGCUCAGGGGUGCUGGAGAAAAUUCAAAUACCUCUGAUCUAUUUGUGUGA